CUAUGCCUCUGCGGUGCUGCAGAUCGGAACAUCGCAGUCACACGGACAGAGGUUAAGAGAGUGUGAAGGAACAGAGAAAAAAAAUAGACGUUGUAGAAACAAUUUUUAGAGUGAAAAAACAACCCUGCGUCCCCUCACGUCAAACGUUGAAGAUGCCUUGGAGUCUGUACUAGUUGUCCACCACUUCCAAUGUUUUACUUCUAGUAGUCUAAAUUACUUUCAAUUUUUGAGUGCUGCUGUCAUUAGCUGUUACCUGCUCAAGUUGAGCAUGCUAUGUGGAAAAUGCCUCGGUGUAAGCCGGUAGCAUUUUCGGUUUUAGUUGCUACGGUUGUCACGAAAGAUACAGGGAUCAGGGGCUUACACGUUUACUUACAUGCCAUGACAACCGAAGGAUACAGGCUACCUCCCUUGUGGAAGCUGAGGAAGUCCUAAAAUUCCUAUCCUGUUCCAUCUUGAUGUCCUAUCCUGUAGUAUGAUUUAAUGCGUUCCCGCCCUAUCCUAGUUUCAUGGCCGUCCUUGUCAAUUAUCUAACAACAUAAUAACAUUGGUAAGAAUAACAUUGCUAAGAAUUAUAUAUAUAUGUACCAGGGAGGGAGGCCCCCUCCCCCCCCCUUAAGCUCGAGAAUGGGACCCCCUGGGCUUUACGGGAUUCCUCGGGCGGAUAUGAUCUGGGGCUAAGCGAUCGCCAGGCGGGUCCUGCUCCUGCUGGGGCCUCCUGCUGGGGCCUCCUGUGGUUCCUGUGGUUCCUGUGGCUCCUGUGGUUCCUGUGGUUCCUGUGGUUCCUGUGGUUCCUGUGGUUCCUGUGGUUCCUGUGGUUCCUGUGGUUCCUGUGGUUCUUGUGGUUCCUGUGGUUCCUGUGGAAGAUGGCUGGCUCAAGUGGUUCGAAGGGAGAGCAAAGACCGACUUAAUUUAGUUGGUUCCUUAGGCGUGUUUGGUCAAGUUCUUGAAUGAAUUUUUUCCGAUUCUCGGCCUAGGAUUGCAAAUGGGUACCAAUUUGAAACCUCAGCCCGACAGUCCAACAAAAAAACUAAGCCAGAUCACGUCGCUCCGCACUAGGUUCCGAAAAUAAUUGGCGUUGCCUCUUUUCUUCUUUUCGUUUCACUCCUUGCACAUUUUGAAAACGUGCAAGAAGUGAAAACCUAUUGAGCGCUCUUUCUCCUUUCAUAGCGAGCCAUUUUUGGCGCAAGAUUCGAAACCUUCUAAACCGGAUUUGAAGGCGCCUUAAUGGCCUACUUACUUGCAUUUGGGAACGAGAUUGGAAACAACAAAACAAACAAAACCCCCCACCAUCAGCGAUCUCUUGUCGCAGCAACUUCUUCCGAGCACCCCCGUCGCGUCCCUUUUCUGCUUCAAUUUCUGCCCGGGGGGAAAGUUUCCACCCCCGUCCCCUUUCUGCUUUAAUUUCUGCCCGGGGGGGAAAGUUUCCACCCCCGUCCCUCUUCUGCUUCAAUUUCUGCCCGGGGGGGAAAGUUUCCACCCCCCUUGGUUGAUUUUCUGCCAGGUUUGCUGCCUCGGGAACACUUUCUACCCCCCUGAGUGAUUUUCUGCCAGGUUUUGCCGCCUCGGGAACAUUUUACCGCCGACCUUUGUUGAUUUUCUGCCAGGUUUGCUGCCUGGGGAACAUUUUCCGCCCCCCAGGUUGAUUUUCUGCCAGGUUUGCCACCUCCUCGGGAACAUUUUCCGCGCCCCUUUGUUAAAUUUCUGCCAGGUUUGCCGCCUGGGGAACAUUUGGCCGCCUCGAGGUUGAUUCUCUGCCCGGUUUGCUCCCUUCGUUGAUUUGCUGCCAGGUUUGCCGCCUCCGGAACAUUCUCCGCCCCCCUGGUUGACUUUCUGCCGCAUUUUCUGUCAACUGGGAACAUAUUCCGCCCCCCUCUGUGACUUUCUGCCGCAUUUUCUGCCUACCCGGGAACGUUUCCCACUCCCCUGGUUCAGUUUCUGCCACCCGGGAACACUCUCCGCCCCCGUCUGUGACUUUCUACCACCCAGGAACAUUUUCCGCCCUCCUCUGUGACUUUCUGCCGCGUUUUCUGCUUGCCCGGGAACAUUUUCCACCCCCCUCCGUGACUUUCUGCCACCCGGGAACACUUUCCGCCCCCCUCUUGGACUUUCUGCCGCAUUUUCUGAAAAUCGGGAACAUUCUCUGCCCCCCUCUUGGACUUUCUGCCGCAUUUUCUGCCACCCAGAACACUUUUGCCGCGCCUUCCUCUUGGACUUUCUGCCGCAUUUUCUGCCAAGCUCUGUGAACUUCUGCCGAAGGGACUUUUCUCCCUCGCCGUCUUGUGGACAUUUUCCGCGUCCCUCUGGGGGUUAAGACUGGCACUCACCUAAAAGGGGAACGCUGCUGCCCAUCGUCCGCCACGUCAAAAGCUCCCAACAAAGCUCCCAACUUCACGGGAUUUCUGGUCUUCCCUCAAUUCAAUUUCUGGUCUUCCCGCCCGAGAAAUCCCGCAAAGCCCAGAGGGCCCCUUUCUCGACCCUACCCCCCCCCCCCUGUGGAUGGAUCGGGGGUGGACCACGCCAGAGGGGUCCAGCCUUGCCACCUUAUUGGCCAGGCCUGUCGAGGGGCUGCCGGGCGGGAAGGCCUCAAAGCGCCCACUUCUGACCCCUUCCCGCUUCUUGCAUGUACCCUACAGACCUGGCAAAGGCAGGGCCCCGCUGGCUUGUUGCAUGUACCCGACAGACCUGGCAAAGGUGGCAAAGGCCGGGCCCCGCUGCCUUGUUGCAUGUAUCCACCGACCCGGCAAAGGGGGCAAAGGCAGGGCCCCGCUGCCUUGUUGCGUGUACCCUACAGACCUGGCAAAGGCAGGGCCCCGCUGCCUUGUUUCGUGUACCCUACAGACCUGGCAAAGGUGGCCAAGGCCGGGCCCCGCUGCCUUGUUGCAUGUACCCUACAGACCUGGCCAAGGGGGCAAAGGCGGGAACCCACCCCUUUGGCGUAGGGUUGGGCACACGCAACACGACAAGAGGGCCCAGCCUUUGCCACCUUUGCCAGGUCUGUAGCGUACAUGCAAGAAGCGGGAAGGGGUCAAAAGUGGGCGCUUUGAGGCCUUCCCCCCCGGCAGCCCCUCGAAAAGAGGGGCCGGGGCGGGGAGGCCCCCCCCCUUCAAAAGGGGGGGGGGGGGGGGGGAGGGGGCCUCCCGCCCUGAGCCCUGGAACAUAUAAACAUGAGUAAGAAUAACAUUAGUAAGAAUCACAUUGGCGUGUAGACUUAGCAAACGCAACCUAUGAUCCUAUCCUAUUCUAAUCACAUUGGUAAUGCUAAUGGUAGUUCUAGUUGAUGUUGCUUCUAAUAACAUUGGAUCUUCAAUUACAAAAUUGUUCCACAGGAUUAAGUUUGAUCAGCGUCGGUCGUGCGAAAAAUUGCGGACAAUCCAAGAUUUACAUUAAGGCCUAAUACAAAUAAGUACUUUUACUUGUGUAACUGUACUUUCACAUGUAUGGUUCUGGCAUUGGGUAACCUGAAUUAUUUGAUCUCGAGGCCCUCAAGGAUAUCCUUCCCGUUUUCCUUAUAAUCGAAGUCAGGCUAUCAAAUACCGGCGCCACUCGUCGCAACUGUAACUGUAAACAGAGUAGGUUAUAGCACGCAUGGAGUGCAUGGAGUAGCAUGGAGCGUAUGGGGCGCAGAUGCAUAAGGGACGCAAGAAGGGCCCUCUUUAGCUCCAUGCAGCUCCAUGCGAUCCAUGCACUCCAUGCCAUGCGAGCUGCGCAGCCUUCUGUGUAAAUUAUUCUGCUGUAGUUAUUCGCUGCUAUUUGCCUAGUGCAGGGCUAGCUGCUCUUAGUCUCUUGAUUAGUCGCCGUCUAGUCCACGCACGUCAUUCAUCUUAUACUUUAUGAAAUCUUGCGUGCUUGAGACCUAGAGGAGGUAGAGUUAAGUAAGAUGAAUGACGUGCGAUCCAGUUCCCCCGUUCCGUAAUAAAUGAUGAAGAGAAGAAAUGAGGAAAAGCGCACUCAUCUUAGCUAACUCUACCUGCUCUAGAUCUCAUUUCAAGCACCUCAUUCAUCUUACUUAACUCUACCUCCUCUGGAUCAGAUGUAGAUGUAAGCAGACUUUUCUCAUUUCAGGCACUGUUCUCUCGUCCGCUUCGAAGCUUCAAAGCUUGUAAUUGACGAGUUACUUCUUACUUUUAUUGUGUUGAUUAAAGAUAGUAUUUUUUUAUGUCUCUCCUAGUUAGGUCGGCUCUACCAAUUUUAUUGUGUUGAUAGACCAGGGCUUUUCUCGUUGCGCCACCUACUUAACCUCCUGACGCACACCGUCGUCGCAACUUCUAACAACAGCAGGUCACGUCCAUCGUAACGGAGCGUGGUGCUGCUCGACCUGGACUGCAACAGUGUGAUUUUUAUGGCUCUGAGUCAAGAAAGACUUCUCGUAGAAGUGCAACCUCCAUCUUGGAGUCGACAAUCAAUGAUCGUAGGUAGUUUCCCCACAGCUUUUCAGUUGAUUGCGCAUUAAUAUCAAGGGUAACAAGCAGGGUUGGCGUCCCUGCCCUCGUGCCUUGUAGGCAGGGGCAUAAGCGUGGGACGGUUGGCAGCCGGUGGCGGUUUAUAUAACACUACUACUCCCCUCCUUUGCCCCUAGGCUUCACCAGAUUAAAAUCGGCGGGUUUAUAGGCAAUUGCUCCACCCGACCUCAGUAGAAGGUGAAGGAGGUUAACGGACUCCACCCGUCGCCGGCAGGUACACCGGAUAUCACGCGGGUCACCCUUUCGGCGGUCUUAGCCUAGAAAAAAGAUCGAGGUCCCUGCGCUUGGCCUUGAGAGUAGAUCUCUAGUACUAGUGGAGUAGAACUCCACCACAUCCGCCUUUAUUGUUGUGAGGACAGACUCUAUCGUAAAUAGUGUAGUUCUUAUACUCGAAUACUCAAAGUAAGCAAGUAAGAAACACAAUGAACGAGUAUCUGAGAAUAUUUCCUAGCAUACUCGGUUAUUUCAGUUUUUCGAUUACCUGAAUUGUGACCUCUUCCACCUCUAAGCCGAGCCUCAAUCUGGUCUACGAACCGGUCCGGACGUGCCAGCGAUAUCGUCUUUUUCCUCUUACCAAAAGGGUUUAAGCCCCAUGGGUCGGAUCAAUUCCGUUAUUUUGGUACGCCUGCCGAACUACUAUAGUACACCAGCCGCGGACAUGUCUAUUAAGGCCAUCGUCGCAGCUCCAUGACUUUUUAGCAUCACCCUGGCUACCAGGUAUAGGUAACAUCGAUGGACUCGAUGAUAAGCUGAAUGAACUUCUAAUCCUCGCCAAGAGGUCAAGCUGCUGUAUCCACGGUGUCUCGAUGCAGAUCUGGAGAAUCCGAGACUGGGUAAUCCACAUAAGUUUACGAAUGCGCGCGAAGAUGAUCUCGCGCGAAGACAGAGAAAGCUUGCUCGCGCUACCUGUUAAGGCUACCCUGGUUCUUUGUUUUUCUACCCAGCAUCAGAUUCCUGGGCCUCUGCAUCAUUCUUACUUUAGCAUCACCCCUCAGCAUCAUGCCUCGGCAUCAUCCCUGAAGCAGAAGUAUCAUUUUGAAGCACAUCAAGCAUGUACUUAACACCAUCGUCCCUUGAGAAACCUACUUUAAGUAUAGACGGUGGGAAGGUGGGCACGGUGGGCGACGCUGGGCCGCUGGGCGGCCACGCUUGGCACGGUGGGCGGACCCUUGGCACACAUGGGGGGCACGGUGGGCGCACGCUGCGCGCGUAUAGCGUUGGCCCGCUGCUUCCGCCAACGUACAGGGCCGCAGUCGAGGGCAGCGCGGCGCUGUGCUCCUUCGCGGAGCGGCCACGUUCUCGCUGCUUGCGGUGCUUCGCUGCUGUCUGCAGUGCCGCCUGGGUGUGUAGAGUGCGGCGCAGCGCUGCAAUGGGCCUCAGUGCUCUGCUGCAAUGUGCGGCCAGUGCUGCUGAGGGAUAUUCCCAGGCGGGCCAGUAGGUUGGCGCCCCGAUUCGUAUGCAGCUUGCUGCGGAUCCAGGGCGCAUGCGCUUACUCUGCCGGGGGGCUUCAGAAAUGCGCGCCUGAAGGGCGCCUCGAUUUUUGGCCCCACUUCUCACGAUGGGCGCGCGGUGGGCGACAUCUUUGGCAGAUGACCGACUUUUGGGCCGCCCAGCGGCCCAGCGUGCCAAGCGUGCCCACCGAUCCAAUUCUGGGGAGGCUAUGAACUUUCCUACGUACUAGCAUAAGCCCUCAGCAUCAUCCCUGAAGGCCCUUUGUUUUUCUACUAGAAGAUCGAGAGUACAGUAGCAUUUUAUUUUAUUGAUAUUAUUUCAAACUAAGUUUUUUCUACUAGGGAUAGUAGAAGUAUGUAACUAAACGAAGCAACACGACCCAAAGGCAAACAAGUAGGAUCUUCUUAUUAAAUGAAUUAUUACGUUGAAUCUACUAUCGAAAUUGAAGGAACAGCAACAACAAGAUGCUAUCCCUAAUGCUAAUAGUACUAACCCUACUCAAGGAAGUACUACUGCUAGAUCCACCGGCUCUAGCUGGUAAACUUAGCGCUAGUGCCACUCUCUUCUAAACUUGCGAGACAUUCCAGAGGGCUCAAAGGAUGCGGUAUUUUUCCGCACGUACGAAUACAGACAUGGAUAGGCUAGAUCCUGUAUUAAGGCUCCUUUCCGCAUGAAGAUAGACACCUCACUCUGUUUUAUCCAGUAGGAAAGAAUGUGAUAAGUGAACAGGAGGGGAACGCCUAAGCAUGUCCUCAUCGGGGAUGUUCUGCAGAUCAGGAAGCAAAGAAGUCGGGGAUGUUCUUUUGAAGAAGGCGAAGAAACUGAGCAUCAAGAGCACGCCUCUAAGCCACUACUCGAAAACUGAAAAUAACCGAGUUACUGACUGAAAUAAGGGAGGUAGCUCUGACAGGGCUACUCUUCCUUGUUCAGUAUCUCGCUUAUUGUAAGUAGUUACUCGCUUAUUUCAGUUUUUCGAAUAAGCAAACUGAGCAUCAAGAGCCUCUAAUUGAAACGCCACUGGUCACUUUCGUCUUCUACGAUGCCCAAAAACUUUUACCGAAGGACCAGAUUCCGGAAUCAAAGAAAAGAGAGAAAUCGGAAGCCGAAGGAGGUGAACAUUAUGGCUCCUCAGCCAAGACCAACAUCGAUCGGAUCGAUCUUGAUCUUUCAAUAUUUUUUUCUUUUCCUAGUUAGCUUGGCCUCUUUCAAUAUUUUUUUCUUUUCCUAGUUAGCUUGGCUCCACCCAUAAUAUCAUAAACUGAUGUAGUUGUCAAUCCAAGCGUUGCUGCGCUCACGACUGUGAGGAGUGAGCGCAGCGUUCCACUAAAGUUCUACAUCUUUCUUCACUACAUCUCGUCUCUCCCCUACGUUCAUUUGUCUCAACUAGUACAUCCUGAUUUAUUUUUUACUUAUUUAGUCCUAACAUGAUCUUUCUCCACUACAACAUCUUGGCAGUAAUAAUAAUAAUCUAACUCCAACAAGAUGAGGAGGAGGACGAAGAAGACGAGGAGCUGAGGGAAGAGGAACAGGAAUUAUUUCCACAGGAACAUCAAAACUUCUUUGCUUGCCUUCGUUUACGGCUACAUUUAGAACUUGUUGAAAGGUGAACAUCGACCACUAUGCGUUGACUCUCACACUAGAAUUGAUUCUCAAAUAGGAUGUUGCAGUCGAAAGAUGAACAUUCGCAGAAGAUAACAGCCAAUAUAGUACAGUUUCAUUGACUUACUUCAAACUCAAAGAUGUUGCAGCCGAAAGAAGAUGAACAUACCUAGAUCAAGAUGGCUAGUGUGUUCUAAGAUGUUGCAGUCGAAAGAAGAUGAAUAUACUCAUACUUAGAUAGCCAUAGCUUUAGCUAGUAGGUUGCUAUCGAGAGAAAAUGGACAUUGAACAUUGAACAUACCUAGAAGUAGAUAGCUUCUCUACGGAUGACAAAUUAACUUCUACUACUGUUUUCUUACGAAUGGACAUUGGGCAUCCCUAGAAGUAGAUAGCUUACAACGAGUAGUAAUAUACAUCGAUCUUCUAACUCGUUUCUUUUGUGAUGCAGGAAUCUCAAAGCUUGCCGCCGAAAUGGUAGCGGAGGAAGACAGAGACGAGACUGAUGACGGGGUCGUUGUCACGGAUAGUAGACCCAUCUGGGAUAAGCGGAUAAAGAAGGAUUACGGCGCUGCUAGCUUAUUCUUAUUCAGAGGAAGUCCCUCCACAACACUCGUAAGUCUUAUUCUACUCGUGACGCCGUGGCAACUUCCUCAUUUUAUUUCUUCGUCUGCAGGUCGUGGGUGUAGCUUUAUUUUCACAGAACAAGAAAGCACUACAACCACGACCUCUAGUAGUCACGGCACCAGAACAAAGCACUGCCACGACUCGAUAACUUUCGUUUGUUCUUGGGUUUGAAGCCUCUGCUACAUGUGACUGCACAUCAUGCACAUCAACAUCAUGUAGUAUUUGCACUUUUUUUUUAGGAUCUCCAAAAUGAAACCCUCUCUCUCGUCGACCUCGACGAUCUGCUCUAAAAAAAAGCAGACUACUAUGACGGCAAGCGUGGUUUCGUACACUUCUUAUGAACAAACGGACACGCUUGUGGACGAGGAGGUCAAAAUUUAGGGAAGAUUAGGGGAAAUUAUGGCUCCCUAAUUUUCCCUAAAAUUCGUAUGUGGGUUUAAGCGUGUCCGUUUGUUUCUAAACUUCGUGCAGAAGGAGAGACUCACGAAGAUGUCCCCAAGUGCCAGAGCGGCCGCGGAAACCAAUCCCCUAGAUUUUAGUGGACGUUGGGUCAAAAUUAAGGCUCCUAACAUAGAAGAAGUAUGUUGGAUCGAUCCCCUAGAUUUUAGUGGAAGGUCGUUGGGUCAAAAUUUACCCCCUAGAUUUUAGUGGAAGGUCGUUGGGUCAAAAUUAAGGCUCCUAACAUAGAAGAAGUAUGCUGCAUAUCCAUAUAUCCCCUAGAUAGAUAAUCUGAGUGGAAGGUCGUUGGGUAAAAAUUAGGGUAAACACAAACGCUAACCCAUCGUGACAGGACAAUCGAGAGACCUAGAAUAUUAUUUCUUGAUGAAGUCGUGAUGUUAGAACAUUUCUUUCAGAGUGUGCUAAGAAAGACAUCUGGGCUGCAGUAGUCGGCACCAACCCUGACGAUCCGAAUCAGAGUAUUUUUAGCCUUGAUUCCUCACCUGAAGCAACCCGUGGACCUUGGGACUUCGACUUGGCGCAGCGUGAUGAUGAUUUCGAUUCCAUUCCUGGUGAAGGUAGAGGUACAACUAGUAAUGGAGAUGGUAGUGAGGCAGGAGAAGAAGCAGAAGGCGCAGGUGAUAAGAGAGGAGGCGGCACAAGUGACGGUGGAGAAAGUAGAAAACGUGAAGGAGUAGAUGAAGAAGGCA